CGUGACGGAGUUCCGUUUCCUUUUACAUCUGGGAAGAACAAUAACAACACGGGCAAGAUGGCGGCGGAGUACGGGAGCGUUCAGAAGGGAAGCUUAAAAUUGAAAGGCGUGGACGGUCUGUCUUCGGGAAAAAAGAAAAAGAAGAAGGACAAGGAAAGCAAGAAGCGUAUGGAACAGAUAAUGAACAACCAGGAUGAUGAAAAGGAGUCCGAGAAAACAAACCGUGACAAAAGGACUCCUGCCCAGAUUGCAUUUGAUAAAACGCAAGAAAAACGGCAAAUGGAAAGAAUAUUAAACAAAGCAUCGAAGACCCAUAAACAGAGAGUUGAGGACUUUAACAGGCAUCUGGACAACCUGACUGAGCAUUACGACAUUCCUAAAGUCAGCUGGACCAAAUAAACAUGAACAUUUGUGCUUUGACCUGUUUUCUUUUACCUCGCAAGCUUUUUCUUUCAACCACAUGUAAUCAUUUUGUAAAAGAUUACAGUAAAGAAUACAUCAAAAAUAAAGUGCUGAAAACUAGAAGCAAGUGAUGGAAAUACUUUGAAACUGAAAUAUCAUUGUAAUACUUUUUCAGUUAUUUGGGGAUUAUGUUAUUGUACAUUUGAAAUAAACGUCCCAGUUGUUUUAUUGUUA